CGCCGAGCGAAGGGCGGCGGCGGUGGCGGCGGCGGCUCGUGCUCGGCCCCGGCUGCGAUAGCGCUCGGCUCCAGGUUCCGGGCCCGCGGCGGCGCGCCCCCCGCGCUCCCCGCACCCCGCGCCCCCCGCAACCCCGCACCCGCGCUCGGCCCGCUGCGGGCGGAGGAGCGGCCAUGCCGCCGCGGCGCAGCAUCGUGGAGGUGAAGGUGCUGGACGUGCAGAAGCGGCGGGUGCCCAACAAGCAUUAUGUCUACAUCAUCCGGGUCACAUGGUCCAGCGGCUCCACCGAGGCCAUUUACCGGCGGUACAGCAAGUUUUUUGACCUCCAGAUGCAGAUGUUGGACAAAUUUCCCAUGGAAGGAGGACAGAAGGAUCCCAAGCAGCGGAUCAUCCCCUUUCUGCCAGGUAAGAUUCUCUUCAGACGAAGCCACAUCCGGGACGUGGCUGUCAAACGCCUGAUACCAAUUGAUGAAUACUGUAAGGCCCUCAUCCAGCUGCCCCCCUACAUCUCUCAGUGUGAUGAGGUGCUGCAGUUCUUUGAGACAAGACCUGAGGACCUGAAUCCCCCCAAAGAGGAGCACAUUGGGAAAAAGAAAUCUGGGGGUGACCAAACCUCAGCGGACCCCAUGGUCCUGGAGCAGUAUGUGGUGGUGGCCAACUACCAGAAGCAGGAGAGUUCGGAGAUCAGCCUCAGUGUGGGGCAGGUGGUGGACAUCAUCGAGAAGAAUGAGUCAGGUUGGUGGUUCGUCAGCACUGCCGAGGAGCAAGGCUGGGUCCCUGCAACGUGCCUCGAAGGCCAGGAUGGGGUGCAGGAUGAGUUUUCUCUACAGCCUGAAGAAGUCUCAUGGAGGUAUUGGUCUCUGCCCCGGCCCGUGGGCCGCCGCCGGACUCUGGGGGACUUGUAUGCCAUCAGCUGGCGUCAAGAGGAGAAGUACACAGUCAUCUACCCGUACACAGCUCGGGACCAGGAUGAAAUGAACCUGGAGAGAGGGGCUGUGGUGGAGGUCAUCCAGAAAAACCUGGAAGGCUGGUGGAAGAUCAGGUACCAGGGCAAAGAAGGCUGGGCCCCCGCCUCCUACCUAAAGAAGAACAGUGGGGAGCCCUUGCCCCCGAAGCCAGGCCCCGGCUCACCCUCCCACCCGGGUGCCCUUGACUUGGAUGGUGUUUCCCGGCAGCAGAAUGCAGUGGGCAGGGAGAAGGAGCUGCUCAGCAGCCAGAGGGACGGGCGGUUUGAAGGCCGCCCGGUGCCCGACGGUGACGCCAAGCAGAGAUCACCAAAGAUGAGGCAGAGACCCCCUCCUCGCCGGGACAUGACCAUUCCUCGAGGCCUCAACCUGCCAAAGCCGCCCAUCCCGCCCCAAGUGGAGGAAGAGUAUUACACCAUUGCCGAAUUCCAGACAACCAUCCCAGAUGGCAUCAGCUUCCAGGCGGGCCUGAAGGUCGAGGUGAUCGAGAAAAACUUGAGUGGCUGGUGGUACAUUCAGAUUGAAGAUAAGGAAGGAUGGGCCCCGGCAACCUUCAUUGACAAGUACAAGAAGACCAGCAACGCGUCGAGACCCAACUUUCUGGCUCCCCUGCCCCACGAGGUGACCCAGCUCCGGCUGGGGGAAGCAGCAGCGCCGGAGAACAACACGGGCAGCGAAGCCACGGGCCCCUCCCGGCCCCUGCCUGAUGCACCGCAUGGUGCCAUGGACUCGGGGUUGCCAUGGUCUAAAGACUGGAAGGGUAGUAAGGAUGUCCUGAGGAAGGCAUCUUCAGACAUGUCUGCGUCAGCAGGCUACGAGGAGAUCUCAGACCCCGACGUGGAGGAGAAGCCCAGCCUCCCUCCGCGGAAAGAAUCCAUCAUCAAGUCGGAGGGGGAGCUGCUGGAGCGGGAGCGGCAGAGGACGGAGCAGCUCCGGGGCCCCGCCCCCAAGCCUCCGGGCAUGAUUUUGCCGAUGAUGCCAGCCAAACACACCCCACCAGCCCGGGACAGCAGGAGGCCAGAGCCCAAACCUGACAAAAGCAAACUGUUCCAGCUGAAAAAUGACAUGGGGCUGGAGUGUGGCCACAAGGUCUUGGCCAAGGAAGUGAAGAAGCCCAACCUCCGGCCCAUCUCCAAAUCCAAAACUGACCUGCCGGAGGAGAAGCCAGAUGCCACUCCCCAGAAUCCCUUCUUGAAGUCCAGACCUCAGGUUAGGCCAAAACCAGCUCCUUCCCCCAAAACGGAGCCACCUCAGGGUGAAGACCAAGUCGACAUCUGCAACCUCAGGAGUAAGCUCAGGCCUGCCAAGCCCCAAGACAAGUCCUUGUUGGAUGGGGAGGGCCCCCAGGCAGUAGGGGGCCAAGACGCGGCCUUCAGCCGAAGCUUCCUCCCAGGAGAGGGGCCUGGCCGCGCCCAGGACAGGACGGGCAAACAGGAUGGUCUCAGCCCGAAAGAGAUUUCCUGCAGAGCCCCUCCGAGGCCAGCCAAGACCACAGAUCCUGUGUCUAAGAGCGUGCCUGUUCCUCUCCAAGAGGCUCCCCAGCAGAGACCUGUGGUCCCACCCCGGAGACCACCUCCCCCAAAGAAAACCUCCUCGUCAUCCAGGCCCCUCCCAGAGGUCAGAGGUCCACAGUGCGAAGGCCACGAAAGCAGGGCAGCUCCCACCCCAGCUCGUGCUCUCCUCGUCCCUCCAAAAGCCAAACCUUUUCUCUCCAACUCUUUGGGGGGCCAGGAUGACACGCGAGGCAAAGGCAGCCUGGGGCCACGGGGGACCGGCAAGAUUGGAGAAAACAGGGAGAAAGCAGCUGCAGCCUCUGUCCCCAAUGCCGACGGCCUGAAGGACUCUUUGUAUGUGGCCGUGGCCGACUUUGAAGGAGACAAAGACACCAGCAGCUUCCAGGAGGGGACAGUGUUUGAAGUCCGGGAGAAGAACAGCAGUGGCUGGUGGUUCUGCCAGGUCCUGAGCGGAGCCCCUUCCUGGGAAGGGUGGAUUCCUUCCAACUAUCUCAGAAAGAAGCCAUAGCCGAGACUCCCUUUCUGCCUAGAGGGCCCGCUGGUCCUUGCUGGCUUUACCCACAUAUUUAAUACGCCUCUUAAUUUAUCAUUCUCCACGCAGCUUCCAAGGCAGACAGACUCUGGGGUACUGUGACUUCUUGCUUCCCAUGGGUGGAGAGUGAGUUUCGGACACCUCGGGCGCCCCUGGGCCUGAUCCCUCCUAUCACAGCAUCGCUGGAGGCUCAGAACCCACAGCCUUUGUUUUCUGUCCAUGUCAGCAUCCCUGCCUUAAGAGAACUCCUCCUGGCCAAUGGCAUUGCCACCCAGCAGUGGGACCAGGACUCUCCAAGGCCUCCAGGACUGGAUCCCAUCGCCUGGAGAAACCCCAGCAAGGGUCUCUCAUGGCUUGGACAUGGCACAGUAAGGGGCAGCCCACCCAGUCCAUGACGACUUUUACUCCAACUUCUUCAUGUUUCUAAAAGCCCACUGGCUUUAUUCACUCCUCCUAAAUUGCCUGGUACCAGAAGGAACUUCAUCCUAAAGAAAUGCAUUCCAUUGCCAGUCCCAGGGAAAGUGUCCCCUUCCCCAAAGCCUCAGGCCCGUGGGCCUCUGAGGUUCCACUGUAUGCGGCUCCCCCAGGAGUGGGCCUGGAGGUCCGCUCGGCCGCCCUGCCUCCCACCUUCUAUCUUGGGACCAUGGUCAGCCCUGAAGGGUGGCUCCAGCCCCGCGUAUGCUGCACUUUCCUGCUGCAGGCUCCGGUCCCUCCAGGGCUUUUCAAUGAGAAUUCCCAUCCCAACUUGGAGCAUUUCAUGUUUGCCUACCUAAAGCAAGAAUCUCAAAGUUUGUUUGAAUAAGAGGCCCAUUCACAAGUUGUGCCCUUGUGAGCACCCCUUUGCUGAGUGCCUCCUGGGUGCCAAACACUGUACUUGGCACUUUGCAUUCAUGCUUUGACCCUCCCAACCUCCCUUUAUAGAUGAGGAAACUCAGGCUCCAUGUGCCCAAGGACACACCAGCCAGGAAGAAGAGGGAAGAGGAUUUGAGUCCAGGUCUGCCUGACUUCAGUGCCUGUGCCCUCCCCUCUGUAAAAGACAAACCAGGCAGGGAAGAGAUAGAAGCUGGCUAAGUGGUGGCCAAGUGGCUUCAUUGUGAUGGGGGUGAGGGGACAUUCGUGGCUGCUCCCACACCUACCAUCCCUCCAGCCCACAGCAGCUUAUACCAAAGGCUGCCCUGGACUCAACAGCUGCGUUUCCAUGACAGGAGAAUGCCAGGGUCCCGGUGGCUGGCACAGAGCCCUGUUCCCUGCUUCUAAGCUGUUGCCCCUGGGGAAAUAGAGCUUAUGGAGCAACGGGAGCAGAGGUGGCCUCCGGGCCAGCCUGGAGGGGCUAAGCAUAGCAUGCAGCGGUCCCACAGGGAGGCAGGUAACCAAGGGCCAGGCAGAGCUGCUUCCUAUGCCUCUCCGGCAUUUGUAAUAUUUUUUCUUUUUUCACACACCGCCAAAUCUGUUUUCUCCCUGGAAGAAACCAGGGCAGAUGUGGUCAUCUGUCAAACUGAGGCCUGGAGAGGCAUGACUAAGUCACUGCAGAAGCAAAGUCAGGACCCAGCAUUUCUAGCUGCCAGCCCAUAGUGAGAGAACAGAGCAGAACCCCUUCCCAUUCUACCCAACCGAGGCAGCCCUGCCCUGCCCUGCCCUUCCCCAUCCCGCCCUGCCCUGCCCUGCCCUGCCCUGCCCCUCCCCGCCCUGCCCUGCCCCAGAGAUCUCCAGUUCACAGUGUUCAUCAGCCGAGAUACUUUUGGACCCACAAAGCCAGUUUUUUGGGGGGAUGCUCAGUGUCUACCUGCAAUGCCAAAGUUUUGCUUGAACAGCCCUCUUCUGCCCCGCCUCCCAGCUCCACCCCUUAUCAUGUGGGCACUGGCUGCUUCUGCAUGAGGAGCUUCCUCUGAUCACCUGUAGCAUCUUUAGUCCCUUCCUCCAGUCGGCCUGCAAAUCCCAUUCCCCAGAGAGGCUUGGGCAGGGCUCACGUGCCACUUGGUCCUGUGCCCAGAGCCUUGGGGGCAGAUGGCAGCCAGGGGAAGACGGGAGGUGGGGAAGGGCCGCCACCACUUGAGGGUCCCCUCCCUUGAGAGGAGGCCCCAUGGCAGUUUUCCUGGGUUCUUGAUCCACUUUGGUUUAAACAACUUUUGUGAAGCUAUGUGAGAUUUGACUACAUUUCAAAAGACAAAACUCGCAUUUUUUUUUUAUUUGCUCUCUGGCUUUCAGGGACAUUUUCAGAUAUUUUGUGAGUGUCUACGCUGUGCUAGGUGCUGAGUAGACCGGGAUGUGUGUGGCUCCAUCCCUGGCUGGAAGAGCUUUGAGUCCUGUCUGCUCACUUCACUGAAGGAGUUUCUCUCUUACUUCAUUCCUUCCUCCCAGGGGUCAGCUGAGUAGGAACAGACUUACCCUGCCUUCCUCUAGGAAGGAAGUUUUCCUGCAAAUGAAAGAAUCUGCCAUUCUCUUUUGCUAUGAUGGUAAUUAUUAUUCUGACAUGACCUGCAGGUACUGAAGCCACAUUCCUCUCUGUUCACUAUUCUCUCUUCAGGUCAUAUCUAUGGCCUGAGGACAUCUGUAUCCAGCUCCUUUUCCUACAAUGGUAGACACUUCCCCAGGCAGUGGGUGGAUCGGGGUGGCCAGUCACCCUCCUAGCUGUCCUUGCCUGGGGACUUAGAUUUACCCCAUCCAGGACUGUGGUCGCUAUUCUGUGAGCAAUUGAUGGCACAUAUGCAGAACUCCCCUGGAGGCAUGGCUCUAGAAAGUGUCCAGGCCCAUCGUGACAAUUGUGCCAAGCACUGGGCAGGUGACCAGUGCCUAAACACACUCCCUCCUUUAAUCCUUACGGCAAGCCUGUGAGGCGGACAGGACCAGCCCUGAUCUAUAGUGAGAAAAUUAAGGUUCAGAGGGAGAAGGUCUAAAUAGUGGCCAAGCUGGGACUCAGAUCUCGAGUUUCGGUUUGUUUGCUUUUUUUGUUGUUGUUGUGUUUUCCCUUUUGCCCAUGACUUUUUCUCUGCCAUUAGCAGGGAGGUGUGCGGAGGGCUUCCAGGGAAUCAAGUGACCCUCUGAAUUUCGGUGUCUCUUCCCUCCACCCCUUGGUCACACAUUUCAGUAGGUCACAGGCCAAAUGGCAGCCCAAAAGGUGGGCAGAGAUUUUUUUUUCUUCCCGUCACCCCUGCUUGUUAACACAAUUGUGAUGACUACUUUACCUUACAUCCCAGGGCACAUGGACAGCUUGUGGUACCUCUAAAAAUUUGGAAAAUCUGAGUCUAAGACCACCUCUUGAUAAAAGAGGCCUUUGCUCAGAUUUUUUGCUCAGAAUCUUUCUUUGCCAUUGGUUGGGUGUAUGUCAUCCCAGCUGAGACUUCGGGAGAGCUGAGCUCCAGCUUAAACCACUUUCAAUGGCUCUUCCCUACUGGGGGAUUGCUGGAGCCCAUGGCAGGUUAUGGGAGUCAUUUUAAACGUCUGCCACGAGGCCACGCCAUAGAAUCAAUUUCCAAGGCAAUGUUCUUGGCCCUAAAAUGUUUGCGCCCACUGAGGAUUUCAUUACCAGGUAGACAAUGGGGGAACAUAUGCCACGUUAAAGAGCGAGUGCUGAGUAUGCCAGGACUUGAGAAGGACCUUAGGAUGAGGAGUGGACAGUCUGGUAUUUAUUUCGCCUCUCCCAAGUACCCAGCACAGAGUGGGAAAAAGAAGAAACUGCUCCUACCUUCCAGUAGCUGGCAACUUGACAUCAAGAAAAAAACAUUCGUAGCUGGGCCCCCAUCCUUUCAUCGUGCCCAAGUCUUACAUGUUGGGUUAAGCUGCCCCCUUGGAGGCUAUACCCUUCUCUUUGGACUGUGACAGUGGACACCUAACAGCCUGAGCCAUGUGUGGCUGUCUUAUCCCCCAAGCGUUGUCCAGGCCCGUUCUGCAGGGCUGUUGUAUAGACUGCAGACACCCAUACCUCACCACAGACCAAAGAUGACCUCGUGUCAGACUGUGGGCUGAUGAGAGGUAGAGCAGCACGCAUCGAGGCCUGAGGGUGCAGGGCGCCCUCCCUUGGCCUGGAGGAAUUGCUCCUAACUAGAAUAAGUUUCCACGAGGGUUCCAGGCAGAGCUGCAGAGCUAGAACCAGAGGCUCCACAGUUCUUGCCUGCUCAUGGACCUCCUUCAGAGCACCUUUCUACAGGCUGGACUGCCCAGCUCCGUGGGGUGGCAUCUGGUUUCUGGUGCUAUUCUGCCAAGUUCUCGAGCUCCUCCUCAUGUUUCAACAUUCCAUCUUCCCGUUUCUAUCCUCGACUCCAAAGUAAGCCUUCUUAGCUCCAAUCAGGGAUGAGGGGCUCAACCUCUUCUGUCCUCAAACACAGUGCCACAGCGGUAGCCUUCACUUUCAGAUGUCCUAUUCAUGUAAAAAAGAAGGUGCCCCACCAGGCUUACAUCAGCAAUAAGCAAUACUAAUACAACGAUGGUGUCCACAUUUUACCCAAGUGUGUGCCCAUGUAUGCCUUUGUGCCCGUGUAAUUAUUGUUAGCGCCCCUUACACUUAGAGGGGUGAUGAUAAACUGUGGCUACCUUGACUACAACCCACAUUCCCUGCUUUGGGGAGCUUCCAAGUAACAGGCCAUUUCUUACCUCCCUCCAGGAACAGUGGGGACUGCCCACCACCUCGUGUCUGCUCAUAGGAUGACCCUGGACAUCCCCACGCUUACUCUACCCUCUUGGCAAAUUGGCAUUCCGGUGGUGGUUUUUGUUUCCUUUAACACAUUAAAUAAACGAGUAUAUAGGAUGUGAGGGGAGGGGUGAGAACAACUAGCUGUAGCAUGUAUAGGCUAUAUACUUUACCAUUAGACUUUUUUCCUUCUUUUUUUUUUUUAAUAAAGUGCUUGACUGGUUUCAAGCUUCAUCGUGAA